AUGGAAUCCUCCACAGCUGGCAUCGAAGCACUGGAGCCAAUGUUGCCCAAUAGUGGAAAACAGGGAUGGAAUAACAGCAAUCCAGAACAAACUACUACCUCUCGAUCCAUAGUAAUCACACCCAAGCAGGACCAGACGUCUUUCAAAAAACGUAAUAGCUUUAGGCGACUCGUCACAAAAUCAGGAGAAUCCAACAUCAGCAAUGGCCAAAUUACUGGACCUGGAACUGGAACUUUUGUUGGCUUAUUUACUUGGUUGGUUGACGCAAAGUGGCGAUGGACCGGAAUUAUUUUUUUCGCCAGCUUCUACGUAACAUGGACAAUGUUUGCCGUCCUCUUUUGGCUGAUAUGCUAUUUCCAUGGUGACUUCGAAACACAGGAAUCUGGCGUCGUCGGAGACGUGCUUGCUAAUAGCAGUCAACCGUGCGUAGAAAACAUCAAGGAUUUCACAUCGAUUUUUCUUUUCAGCCUGGAAAUUCAAACGACGAUUGGAUUUGGAUUUUCGCGAGUGACUGAGGAUUGUGCUGCUGCUAUUGUGACAUUAACUGUUCAGGCUAUUCUGGGUACCAUUAUUGAGGCCUUCCUCGUCGGUGUGGUUUUUACGAAAUUAGUACGGACGAAAUGGCGAGCACAAGCAAUUGCAUUCAGUCAAUACUCCGUGAUUUGCCAGCAAGAUGGACAACUCUCUCUGAUGUUUAGAAUAGCUGAUCGACACACUUCUCGUAUCAUCGGCGCUCGAAUUAGGGCCACUCUUGUCAAUCAGACUCGCGUAACACGAGAAGGACAUGUUGUUACUCUAGAUCAACAACCUCUUCGAUUGCAUCCGUCUGGAGAAGAUUCAGACUUGCUUCUUCUCUGGCCGACUACUAUAGUUCAUUCAAUCACAGUUGAAUCUCCUUUAUAUGGCAUGAACGAAGCUGACAUGACCCAAGCUGCAUUCGAAAUAAUCGUCACUCUGGAAGGCACUACUUCGUCAACGGAUAUGUCAACACAGGCCAUGACCUCUUAUUUACCCUGCGAGAUUUUAUGGGGCUAUCGGUUCGACGACAUGAUUGGCGCAAAAUCCGAUAACGGUAGACCGACAGUUGAUCACAGUCUAAUGGACAGUAUCUAUCCUGUGGGAAUAACGGCCGAAGACAAUGGAAGCGUGGAAUUCAGUCCUGACUAGUGUAAAAUUGUUUAAAGGGAAAAAUAAUAAUAAGUUUAGUCUCCAAUACAAUGUAUUUUCUACCUUG